AUGGGACUCUCAAGAGUCUCUUCCAGCACCAGAAUUCAAAAGCAUCAAAUCUUUGGUGAUCAGCCUCCUUUAUGGUCCAGCUCUCACUUCCAUACAUCACUACUGGGAGUACCUACUUUACAUAAGUGUAAUGGCUGCAUCCAAUGCUCUCCCCGCUUUUUUGCCUCUGAGAUGCCUCGCCCACUGUCCAAAUCGCCCUGCAACCUUUGGGUUGAAAAAGGUUCCCCACCCUUGCCUUUUGGGAUUAAGGGGAGCCUACAGGUGGAUCUCUUCACCUCAGACCACCUCCCCAACCCCAAAGUCAGUGUGGCAGAAAGAGGAGAAGCACAUCUUGGGGUUGUGGGGUGGUUGUGUGGGCGAGGGGAGAUGGUUGCCCACCACAAACGGAAGCCAAGCAGAGGUCCUAAGGCCCUCCUUUCUGCAGGUGGCGCCCACAGAAUUCUGCAAACUGUUCGGGAGGGGGGCAUAAUUGAUUUGCAGAUCGGAAGGGGCAUCACUGGGUGGUCAAAGGCACUUGGUGCAUGCAGCCAGUUCCUGCCUCAACCUCAAGAAUCUCAGGGAGCCAUAGUCUGUAUAUGGCAGUUUCAUAUCAAAUGA